AUGUACGGAAGAGCGGUUGGUUCCAUACCAGACAAGGAUCGAAGUACGAAGUCAUCUAAAGUUAAGCCUCCAGUCACGAAAGGUGGUGUCUUUACGACGCAGUCCGAGAUGGUCGCAAGCGGUCCUCCUGCAAAUGCAACUCCUCCCAUUGUCAAUUGCCCGUUGUGCUCUGGUAAACAUAGAUUGUCGAAGUGCGAGCUCAUGAAAGCAAAGAGUGCUGAAGAAAGGAAGAGCUUUGUUAGGCAAGUGAGACUGUGUGACAACUGUUUCGCGAGCGGUCACAUGGCAAUGGAUUGCAGAAGUAAAAUGAGAUGCCAAGUGAAUGGCUGCGGAUGGAAACAUCACACAAUGUUGCAUGUUCGGAAGAAGAAGUACGACAGUGGUAGCUCUCCUGUCGACCCACCAGCCACCUUGGGAGAGACUGGUACGAGUACUACCAGUGGACCUAGUGAGACUAGAACGAGUACCGUCAGCGGGGCCGGGGAGACUGGUCAGUGUAGUGCUACUGGUUCUGGAAAGAACAAUGUGUGUUUAAGAAUAGUUCCAGUCAUCGUGAGAGGAAAGGGUGAACUCGAUCAGAUCAUGACAAAUGCUUCACUCGACCCUGGGUCGGACGUGACAUUAUGUGAUGUGAGCCUUAUGGAUAAACUCCAGCUAGUGGGUCAACUCAAGCAGUUUUCGUUGGCAACUGUUAAUGGCGAGUCAGACUCCCGGAAAGGGUUCGAGUUGUCUUUGUGUGUCCGUGGGUUGCAGAUGGACGAGGAAAUUGCGCUGGAUAAAGUCUGGACGGUUGAUACUUUGCGUCUUCCUCAAGGCAGUCCACCAGCUGAAGAAGACACAGCUCAAUGGCCUCAUCUGAAUGGAAUACACUUCCCGAGGAUAGAAUCUGAUACGGUGUCGGUCCUCAUCGGCAGCGAUGUUCCAGAAGCUCACUGGGUGUACGAUCAGAGGCGCGGUAGGCGUGGCCAACCUUAUGCCGUGUGCACUCCCCUCGGAUGGACCUUGAUGGGACCAUUGAACUUGUGCGAAAGGAACUCCUUCAGGGUCAACUUUGUACGCUACGACGACGAAACACUUCAUCGGCAGAUGGAGACCAUGUUUAAAAGUGAUUUCAACGAGCCAAUGAUGUCCACAAAGGUCGCAAUGUCGGUUGAAGAUCGAAGAGCAUUAACCCAAAUGGAAAGUUCUGUGAAACUCGUGAAUGGCCAUUAUCAGCUGGGUUUGCCUUGGAAGUUCAAGUCAGUAAGCCUCCCAAACAACCGUGACUUUGCAAUGGGAAGAUUGCGCCAUCUGAAGAAGCGUUUCCAACACGAUCCUCACCUCUUCGAGAAGUACAAGGACACUAUUAACGGUUAUGUCUCCAGCGGUUUUGCAAGACGAGUUCCCUGUGACGAACUGACAUCCGCUAAAGGUACACCAGUUUGGUACUUACCCCACCAUCCAGUUUUUCAUCUGCAAAAACCUGGUAAAGUAAGAGUUGUCUUCAAUUGUGCAGCUAAGUGCAAGGGCACCUCACUCAAUGAUCAGCUGUUGCAGGGUCCCGACCUGAACAAUGGACUUGUGGGAGUCCUCAUACGUUUCCGCCAAGAGCCUGUUGCUAUGGUUGCUGAUGUGGAAGGCAUGUUCCAUCAGGUUCGGGUAGUUCCAGAAGACUGCCAUGUUCUGAGAUUCUUGUGGUGGCCAAAUGACGACCUCUCGGGAGAGCCAGUUGACUUCCAGAUGUUAGUGCAUCUGUUCGGGGCCACGUCGUCCCCAAGUUGCGCAAGCUUUAGCCUAAAGAAGACUGCCUCAGAUAACCAGGGUGAUUUCGAUGGGGAGACUAUUGACACUGUCAACCGUAAUUUCUACGUUGAUGACUGUUUAAAGUCUGUUUCGUCGACAGAGAAAGCGGUGCGUUUGUCUGGUCAGCUGCGUGAGUUGUUGUCGAGAGGAGGGUUUCGGCUUACAAAGUGGUGUAGUAAUGAUAGGAACUUGAUUGCCACUGUUCCGGUAACAGAGAGAGCGCCUUCCGUUGUUGACUUGGAUCUGGAAGAUCGCCCCGUGGAAUGCACGUUGGGUGCACGUUGGGAUAUAGAGAUGGACGUCUUUAAGUUGCGGAUUAUGGACCAAGCAAAGGCCCCCACUCGCAGAGGAAUUUUGUCGGUCGUUAGUUCAAUGUACGAUCCACUGGGGUUUGUGGCGCCUGUGAUCUUGCCUGCAAAGAGCCUGUUGCAGAGUUUGUGUAAACGGAAAUAUGGUUGGGACGAGGAGAUUUCGGAAGAGGAUUCCGCUGCGUGGCAUGGAUGGCUGAAGGAACUUGUAUCUUUAAGAGCAGUAUCAGUCCCAAGAUGCUUCAAGCCGCCAGAGUUUGGUGCUGUCGUCAAUGUUCAGUUACACCAUUUUUCAGAUGCCUCCGAAUAUGGUUACGGUGCAGCAUCCUAUCUCAGAAUCGUGGACAACAAUGGUGCUAUACAUUGCUCCUUUGUUCUUGGUAAAUCUCGUGUGACCCCCCUUAAAGUGGUUUCCAUACCUCGCCUUGAGCUGACAGCUGCUGUGGUCGCUGUGAAGUCAAAUUGCCUGAUCCGAAACGAGCUCGAGUACCCCAUACAUGAUACAACCUACUGGACUGAUUCCACCGUAGUCUUACAGUACAUUCGUAACGAGUCAAGAAGAUUCCAGACUUUUGUAGCCAAUAGAAUCGCGAUGAUCCAUGAAGAAUCUACGCUUCGUCAAUGA